CGCGUGGAUACGAUGCAGCCGCGCGGACACACACUCCCCGAGCUACACACCAGCCGGCUCUCCUCUCCCCGCGUGUGAACCCCGAACGGAAGCCGAGGAGGUCUCUGUAGUCUGCCUGUAGACCUCCGGCCUUCACCCUGAGAGCGGAGAGCUUCCCCCCAAACCAGGAGAGGGUCCCCGGCCUCCAGAGCUGCAGCCGACCUUCCUCUGACCUUCUCCUCCUCCAGACCGUAACCUCCACCCCUCCCGCCACCAUCUGCUGCUCGCCGCUUCGCUUCGCUCUUCCCGCGCAGACGGAGUGACCGGCGUCCCCCAGGACUGGUGCUGCUCCGGCGGAGGGAGGAGGAGGAGGAGGAGGAGGAGGAGGAGGCAGCUUCACCUGGGAGAUGAAGCUGCAGGCCGUGAUGGAGAACCUGCACCGGCAGCAGAGGGCCAAGCUGCUGAUGGAGCAGCAGCUCGCCGCCGCCACCCAGCACGCUCAGGUCCGCACCGCCGCCGCCGACGAGCCCAUGGGCAGCCCGGUGUCGGAGGCGGAGCAGGCCCAGAUGGCGGCGCUGGCGGCCAUGCGCGCCGCGGCGGCCGGGCUCCAGAGGGUGUCGGACAGCAACAUGUCGGACCGCAGCAGCGGCGGCGAAGACGAAGGUGACGACGAAGAGAACGACGACGAGGGGGAGGAGCAGUACAAGGACAUGAUGGGCUCGGAUGAGGAGGAGCAGAUCAAACAGAAAUGGGACGAGGAAGACUUCGAGGGCGAGAUGGAGGAAGACUUCGACGACGAGGAGGCUCUGCCGACGGGCCACGGCGCCGUGGCCCCGGGGAAGGGCAUCCUGCUGCUGCCCCACCGGCAGCUGCACCCCCACUCGCAGCCGCCGAAGGCCCCGAGGCCCGGCGUGGACCCGGAGCCCCGCUCGGCCCUCCCGCCCCCCCACGCCGCCCACGGCCACCUGGGCGGCGGGCAGGACCACGGAGACUGGACCUACGAGGAGCAGUUCAGACAACUGUAUGAACUGGACAGAGACCCCAAGAGAAAAGAGUUUCUGGAUGACCUCUUCAGCUUCAUGCAGAAAAGAGGCACGCCGGUGAACCGGAUCCCCAUCAUGGCAAAGCAGGUGCUGGACCUGUACAUGCUGUACCGCCUGGUGACGGAGAAGGGCGGCCUGGUGGAGGUCAUCAACAAGAAGCUGUGGAGGGAGAUCACCAAGGGGCUCAACCUGCCCACCUCCAUCACCAGCGCCGCCUUCACGCUGAGGACACAGUACAUGAAGUACCUGUACCCGUACGAGUGUGAAAAGCGGAGCCUGAGCAACCCCAACGAGCUGCAGGCGGCCAUCGACAGCAACCGGCGGGAGGGCCGGCGCCAGAGCUUCGGCAGCUCGCUCUUCACCUACUCGCCCAACGGGACGCCCACCAUGCUGUCCUCGCCCAAGCUGCCCUCGUCCAGCAUGGGCCCGAUGGGCGGCUCCAACGGGGCGGCGCCGACCCCCGUCCUCAAGGUCAAGAAGGAGGACGGGGGCCAGCCGCUGCCGGGGUUCGGCGCGGCUCGCCUGCCGUCGGGCGCCCCGGCGGGCCACUCGAUGGCGUCCGUGCAGGCGGUGGCCGCUCAGGCGGCGGCGAUGGAGCAGCUGAGGGACAAGCUGGAGGCCGGAGAGCCGCCGGAGAAGAAGAUGGCGCUGCCGGCCGAGGAACACCACCGACUGCUGCAGAGAGCGCUGCAGCACAACCUGCUGGCCAUGAGCGCGCAGAUCCCCAUGAACAUCCGCAUCCAUAACCAAGACAGCCGGCCGGACUCGGCCCUGAACCUCACCACCAACACCGCCAACGGCUCCAGCGGCAGCAUCAGCAUGUCGGUGGAGCUCAACGGGGUGGUGUACGCCGGCGUUCUUUUCGCUCAGGCGUCCUCCGGGUCGCCUCUGUCCGGCGCCGUCGGGUCCUCCAAGGCGGCUCCACGUCAGCACACACCUACCUCGACCUCCAGCAACCAGCUGUCUUAACGUGCCCCCCCCCCCCCUCUUUUUUUAUUUUUACUUCUGUUUGUUUCAUUUACACGCUAAAGCCAAAAAUCAACCUCAUUUUCUACAUCAUCUAAAUGCCAAAAAGAGAAGAACCAUAAACACUGUACAGCAGCUCAGCUUCACUAUCUCAGGUUUCAACCCCUCUUUUUGUUCUUCAGAGCCAAAAGAUAUUUCGGAUUUCAAAAUAAUAUCUCACCUGAGAACCAGUAUAUGCUAAACAGAUAUGUAUGCACAACCUGUGAAUUAUUUAUUUAUGCAUAAAUGUACAGAACAAAAGCAUAACUAGGAAAGGCAAUGCACUGUUUACACUCUCACACACACACACACACACACACACACACACACACACAGCUACUGAUUGACAGGUCCAUCCUCCAGGGGAGAGAUGCUUGAUUUUACCUUUUUAUUAUUGUUAUUCUCUUUACUGUGUUUUAUCAUUUACAUCUUUUAAGAAUCCUCUCGCUGCAGGAAAAAAAUAUAUAUAUUUAGAGUUCUAUAUAUAUAUAUAUAUAUAUGAAUUUCCUCUAUUUUUAAUCAGAAGAGCUUUAACAAUGUGCCGCCGUGACCUCACGCCGCGUGGACCCUGUUCACGCGGCGUGAGGUCAUCUUGCAUCUGUGCAGGUCUGCGCGUCAUAUCGGCGACAUCCAGAACAACUCGCAUACGUCUGAUCCAUUUCCUCAUGGCCACCAGAGUCUCUCCACGCGGCUGCAGGUUGAAGCAGCCGCUGCGGUUCAAGUCCGAACUCUCUCCUGCUCGUGGCCUCGAGGCCAGUUCGAUGACCGUCUCACGGGGGUUCGUCAGGUUUAUGUAUCAGAAAAAUGGCGGUUUUGUGCGGAUGGAAAAUGAACUUUCUUCGUUUCCUCCUCGUCUGAGCCUCACGGCCUCCACGCCGACUGCUGCUGAUGGGGUUCAGGUCCGAUGUGAAUAAUAAUAAUUCUAAUAAUAUUAAUAACAAUAAUACCUUCUCGAUUGUUCUCAGGUGUCCGUCUGCUCACCGCUCUGUCGGAUAUGUCGACAUGGCGAAUUGCAUCUUCUUUGUUGCUGUAUGCUUCUCGUGAGGCGAUGGUCUAGAGUCGUGUGUGUGUGUGUGUGUGUGUGUGUGUGUGUGUGUGUGUGUGUGUGUGUGUGUGUGUGUGUGUGUGUGUGUGUGUGUGUGUGUGUGUGUGUGUGUGUGUGUGUGUGAAGCUCUUCAGCCAUCAGGAGGGCUUUGGUUCCCUGACUCCCUCCUGGUGGUUUAUCAGGUGUCAGCUUUCUAAGCUUGAACGUUAUUUCAGUUCAUAUCUGACGUGUUGUUGUUGUUGUGAUUCUUUUGUAUUAUAGAUUACUUUUAUUCUGUGAGUGUUUUGCAUGAUUCAUUCAUCCGAUCCAAGUGCUUCUUAUCCGACGCUGCGACUGGAGACGAUGUUGCUCCAUCAGGGCUUUUGACAAUGUGACCUCAGAGGAAAUCAUAACUCUCAUAACUCUCAUAACUCUGAUAACUCUCAUAACUCUCAUUACUCUGUGGGUCAGAGCUCCACGGGAGUUCUAGAUGUUUCGGAAGUGAAGUCGAUCCCGGAUAUCACUGAUGUGCAGUCGUGUGUUUCUGCAUUUUGAAGGGAGAUCAAUCAAUCAGCGUGUUGACCUUUGACCUGCGUUACCUCUCUGGGCUGUUAAAGAGUGUUACCCCCCCCUCACACACACACACACACACACACACACCGCCACCAAUGCAAAGCAGCCUCAUUCCUACCGACUAGGAGAUAAAUCAGCUUUGUGUCGGGGCUCUGCUGCGAGGCCUUGGCGCAGCAUGCGAUGACCGGAGAGCCGGCGGUACCUCCGUCCAAUCAGGUUUUACUGUUCAAUCAAAUGUCGCCAGAUGGCCGCCUGUGGCUCUCGGAGUAAAUCACCACCAGCUGCCUCACGAGCGCGGGUCACUUCUGAGAAGGACUGCCUCGAAACGGAGCGACAGCUUCCACUCACACACACGUCAGAUCCUUAGAUGUUCCCAUUGAUCUCAUUGGCUGAGUCCACAUAUUUUAUAUGAGAAGCAGCUCAUGAAACAAGUGUGUGAUCCACUUACAGACCCGUUUAUUCACAUUUGGUAGAUGGGUGACGCUCCACAAUGAUCAUGUGGGUCAUGAGGCCAGAACUGGGCCCAAAAGACCAAAAGGUGAACGUUAAAUUUAGAUUGUAGGGUCGUCUUUCUCCCAGAUCCCUCAAGAUAUAGAAAGCCUCUCUCUCUCUCUCUCCCUCCCCCUCUCUCUCGCUCUCUCUCUCCCUCCCCCUCUCUCUCGCUCUCUCUCUCCCUCCCCCUCUCUCUCGCUCUCCCCCGUGAGUAGCAGAUGUCACAGUUGGAAUGGCUGACAAUCAAAUAGAGCCGUGCUGUGGCUGAGAGCAUUAGUUGGGGGGGCGGCUGCAGGAAGUAAAAUUAGAUCAAUACUGAUCUAAAGGAUCAGCAUUGCUCUUUUGGAGUUGACCCCGUGACCUUUCGGCCCCUCGGGCAACAUUCAAGCACCUGCCCCCCCCCCCCACCCCCAAUGGAUCCAUGUUUAUCGUAUCCAUCCAUCGACCGGCUCUGUGAGGUAUUUGCAUGUGAUCAGUGGAGGUGCUGCUCUCUCUCUCUUCAGGGAAGCUUUUUUAAUUGCGUGGUUACGAGACGUUGUGAUACCUCCAAACACUCGAGAAACUAAUGAAGCAGAUCGAUUUGCUUCAAGCAGGAAAAACAUCAUCAAAAUGUUGCUGACGCGGGUUCAUAAAGAGAUUGCAGUGACCUCAGACAAUCAGAUAUCACGUGUUUAUGCAAGAGGAACCAGGGAUCAUGGAGGGUUCAGGUCAACCGCUUCACUGAGACCGCCCCCUGGUGGACGGUCUCUGUAUCGACGCACAAUCAGUUCAGAUUCCCUAAAUGGAGAUCAGACAGGAGACUAAUGAACUUCAGUGUUUCUAGAGGGUUCCAGAGGGUUCCUUGUUCCUCAGGAUUCUUAAAAACAGUGAACAAUACGUAUUCAAACUUGCCUUGAUCAUUUCUGUGCAGGUUCCUCCAUAUUUCAGGACAUGUUGGAGCUGUGAGACCUGCAUCGGUCUGAACUCUGUUCUGGGUUCUGAAGAGUUCCUAGCAGGUUCUUCAGGUGUUCCUCUUCUGAACGCUACCAGCUGCUUUUUACGAGUCUGCGGCCGCUUUGUUUUCAUUCCCACAUAGACGAGUUAUAUCUCUGGGUGUUUUUUUUCAUUCUUUUCAUGUCAAAGUUACAUUAAUGUUGUGUGGUAAUGCAGUUUAAAAAAAAAAAAUCCUGGGUUGAUUUCUAAAGUAUGCUUGUGUGGUGAAUUCAGGUGCUUGUUGGAAGAAUCAAAGACUCGGCUGGACUCAUGUUCUUUACAUUCUUAAUGCAUUUUGUUUGUCUUGGAGUUCGAUGACGAGGAAGGAAGUAAACGUGGCGAUGUUCCUCGCGGUGUCGUGCGGUCGGCCUGCUCGCUGUGACAUUAACGUGUUUAUCUCGGAAAAUAUUGAACCACUUGAAACCUUUUGCGAGAUCCAGAGUGUCUUCCUGUCCCCAUGUCGCUGCCAUGGAAAGCUUUACGGGUUAGGACGCAUGUGGUUUGAGGGCUUCUGACUGAACUUUCACCUCCAUCAGGAGGACUGUGGACAGAGAACAUGAGAAUCAACAAGAUGCCUUCUGCUGUGACAAUUGUUGUGUGAAUUAACGUGUAUUACAAAGAAGCAUUAAAUAGAAUAUUUCUUGAAAUGUUGCUGUUAAAGGGCGAUGAAUUAUAUCAUGUUGUUGUUUUGCUGCAGCAACCCCUGCACACAGAGAUUAUAUUAGGGGUGAUUCAUUCAUAUAGCGAUGUGGAUUAUUGUACGGAUGCAUGUUGAAGUGUGUGUUGGCUUCACGUGUCUUCGAGUUCGCUUCGGAACUGAAUCGAGGCUCAAGUUCUCAGGAAAAUCUACCUCUACCUCCAGCCUGACGUAUUUAACCCAGUUGAAGUUACAGUACACAAAGAGUGAGAGAGGCACCAGGGUCUGAAUUAACUCCACGGUACCAGCAUUGGUUAGUAAGAUGAGUUACAACCAUGUGAGCUUGUGUUGAAUUGAAAGAAAUAUAAAUAUGUAUCACUCUGGUAAGUGACGGUUUAUUUUGGACUCUGGUGUCUUUCUUCCCCUCUCUGUGUGUACAGGUUCAUUUGAGCAUCAAUGACCUCCACAGCUGCUGGUAAUACAGCAAGUGAUGCUUCUAGUACCGCUGUUAGUACUAUGAGUGGCCUUUCAGUCUUUUUAUUUUAUUAUUUUGUGUACUUAUUCCUCCUUUUUGUCUAAAAAAACCUUGUGAUUUUUUUUAUUUUUUAUGAAUGGGAUGUCUAUAACAGUAACAGUAACGUGGCGGCAGGAAAUGCAACUGUUUUUGUUUUCUUUGUUUUUUGACGGGUGAAGAGCUAUUCUUGUCUAUUUACUCAAUAUGUGUCUGUGUGAAUACUUUUAUUUUGAAUCUGAAAUUAAUAAAAUAUCACCUUUCUUAAAUGUUA